ACGCACGGUGGUGAUGUAAUCGCGCGCCGGAAGAAGGAGGGCCGGCUCCGGGCGGCGGGAGGAUUUGGCGGUAGUGGCGGAGCGCGGCUGGGAGCGCAGCACCAUGAACGUGGGGCUGAGCGAGGGCGCCAUCGCGGCCAUAAUGCAGGGGGAGAACGUCUCCAAGCCGGUACUACAAGUCAUAAAUACACGGGCUAUUGCAACAGGAAAUGGGCCACCACGUUACCGAGUGCUGAUGAGCGAUGGGGUGAACACACUGUCCUCAUUCAUGUUGGCCACGCAGCUGAACUCUCUGGUGGAAGAGGAACGCUUAUCAGCACAAUGCGUUUGCCAGGUUAACAGGUUCAUUGUCAACAGCCUGAAAGAUGGAAGGAGAGUGGUUAUACUGAUGGAUUUAAAUGUUCUGAAAACUGCUGAUAAGGUUGGUGGGACUAUUGGCAACCCAGUGCCGUAUAAUGAAGGGCAAGGGCAGCAGCGUUCCUCAGCUCCAGCGGCAAACGCAGCACCCGGCAAACCACAGCAACCAAAUGGCAAUUUGUCAGUGGCAGGUUCUGCUGCUCCAAAGUACCACCCUCCCUCAAACCAGUUUGGUAAAUCAAGUGCUCCCAGCACCAUGAAGACACCAGGAGGAUCACAGGCCAAAGUAGUGCCGAUUGCCAGCCUGAAUCCAUACCAAUCCAAGUGGACCAUCUGCGCUCGUGUUACCCAAAAAGGCCAGAUCCGCACAUGGAGCAACUCCCGUGGGGAAGGGAAGCUCUUUUCUAUAGAGCUAGUUGAUGAAAGCGGUGAGAUUAGAGCUACUGCAUUCAAUGAUCAAGCAGACAAGUUCUUUCCGCUCAUUGAAUUGAACAAGGUAUAUUAUUUUACCAAAGGCAAUUUGAAGACUGCUAACAAGCAAUAUACAGCUGUUAAGAAUGACUAUGAGAUUACAUUCACUAAUGAGACUUCAGUUGUGCCCUGUGAUGAUGCCCAGCAUCUUCCAUCUGUUCAGUUUGAGUUUGUAUCCAUCUCUGACUUGGAGAACACACCCAAAGACUCAAUUGUUGAUGUAAUUGGAAUUUGUAAGAGCUAUGAAGAUGUCACUAAAAUUACAGUGAAAUCUAACAAUAGGGAGGUAUCAAAGAGGAACGUGUAUCUGAUGGAUACAUCAGGGAAGCUGGUGACAGCUACGCUAUGGGGAAACGAGGCUGAACAGUUUGAUGGUUCUAGACAACCUGUGAUAGCCAUCAAAGGAGCCAGAGUCUCUGAUUUUGGCGGUAGAAGCCUGUCUGUAAUGUCCUCGAGUACAGUUGUCAUCAACCCUGAUACCCCAGAGGCUUUUAAGCUCCGAGGAUGGUUCGACUCGGAGGGGCAGCUUCUGGAAGGUACCUCAAUCUCUGAUGUGAGGGGUGGGCCAGCACCUGGAGCAAAUACCAACUGGAAGACUUUGUAUGAAGCCAAAGCUGAGAACUUGGGCCAAGGAGAUAAGGCGGAUUAUUUUAGCUGUGUGGGCACGGUCGUACAUCUGCGCAAGGAGAACUGUAUGUACCAGGCAUGUCCCUCUCCGGAUUGCAAUAAGAAAGUGGUAGACCAGCAAAACGGACUGUAUCGUUGUGAAAAGUGUGACAAUGAGUUCCCCAACUUCAAGUACCGCAUGAUGCUCCUGGUGACCAUUGCAGACUGUCUGGAGUAUCAGUGGGUGACUUGUUUCCAAGAGGCAGCAGAAUUCAUCCUUGGACAAAAUGCAGCUUUCCUGGGAGAACUGAAGGAAAAGAACGAGCAGGCCUUUGAAGAAGUGUUCCAGAAUGCAAACUUCAACACGUAUGAGUUCAGGAUCCGAGUGAAACUGGAGACUUACAAUGAUGAAUCUCGUAUCAAAGCUACAGCAGUGGAUGUCAAACCUGUGAACUACAGAGACUACUGCAAGAGACUGAUCGCCAGCAUCAGGAGAAACGCUCAGCUAUGGUGAGGAGGCUGGUGCUGAGUGAAGCUAGGGCUUCCAGGAAAAGCUCAAUAGAUGAUAUUACACCAACUUUUUCCCCACUCUGUGUGUGACAAUUUGGCAUUAGUUACACCGUGCAUGGUAGUGCCGUGUAGUGGGUUAAG